AACUAUAUCCGUAUUUUUAUUUUAAAUAGUGUUUGAUCUAUACAUUAUGAUUUGAUUUUUUAUUGAUUAAAGGUUGAUUUUUGGUUAAUCUUCAAUUAAUUUUAGUGCAUUCUUUCUUGCAAUAAUCUGUGUUCCAAAAACCACUAGGCCUACAAGUUAUGAGACCUUGAUAUUGUUAGGGUUUGGGGAAGGCUAACUUAUAGUGUUUAUUAAAAUUAUUGUGUUUUGUGAACUGAAAGAAAAUCAUUAGUACCGUACGCUAUGGCUGCUGUUCUUAAGAAACGAGCUUUAGCUGAAUACAGUCAAGUCAUUCAAGAACAGCCUGUAAAGCCUUUCAAAAAGCUGAGGCUAGUGAAAAAGAAAUGGGUUGAUAAUUCUGCUGCUUCUGUUUUCAUUGGACUACUAGAAAAACAGAGGACAAGCAAUGAAGCAUUUCAACUGCUUUUGAGGAUAUCCGACACACCUCAUCUGCCUGAGGAAGAUGUUGCUGUUGCAGUGAAGAAACUCGUUGAAUACUAUCAGCAACAAACCGAAUCUUUUGUGAGAAUCAAAAUUCUAUCUGUUUUCGCCGACAUUGGCAGUGAACCGGGAGCUGAUGUCCAGAGCAUAACAGAAGAAACUUUGGGAUUGCUGAAGAAGGAAACUUCACAUCAUGUGAAAGCACAGGGGUUGGCAACACUGUUAAGACUGGUUAAACUCACUCCUGACAACACGAUAGCGCAUAACAAACUCAUCGCCUUGGCCAAACAGUACCUGAGCGACACAAGUCACCUUGUGAAACAGAAGGCGUUGGAUGUUCUCGGAGAGUUGUUACCCAUCACACAGCAGGCGGAGACAACGUUGCGUCUCAUCGGGGACUACACUCUCAGUCAGGACGCAAGGGUGCGGAGUACAGCUUUCAAUACCAUGGUAGUUCUUCACAAUAGAGGAUUGAAACUGCCGGCUUCACUCUAUAAGGAAACUUGCGAAGCUUUGAAGGAUGAUUAUGAAAUAGUUAGAAGGUCAGCUCUUCAGUUGAUAUACUUGCUGGCAAUCACAUAUCCGGAACACCCGACAAUGCUGGCAGAUACUGAAGAGGAGUUACGACUGGUCGACGAUGCGUUCGGCAAGAUUUGCAACGCCGUCAACGACUUGUCCAUGAGAGUACGGACUCAAGCUGCACAACUGCUGGGGAAUCUUACACUCGUUAGCCCUAAGUUCCUGCAUCAAACUCUUGACAAAAAACUGUUUUCAAACAUGAGGAAGAAGCGGUCGGCUCAUGAGCGAGCAUGGGAGAGCGUAACGUCUGGCGAGUGGUCAAGUGGCAAGAGAUGGGCAGACGAUGCUCCACAGGAACUACUAGACGCUCAACAGAUCAACCUUAUAUCUAGCGGUUCUUGCGGAGCUUUUGUGCACGGGCUGGAGGAUGAGUUCUUAGAGGUGCGAAGUGCUUCGGUGGAUUCAAUUUGCUCCUUGUCGCUCAACAACCCUCAGUUUGCCAACCUGGCGUUGGACUUUCUUGUGGACAUGUUCAAUGAUGAGAUAGAAGAUGUGAGGAUCAAAGCUAUAGACAGUCUCACCAAGAUAUCCAGACAUACAGUGUUGCGAGAAGACCAGCUGGAGACUAUCCUUGGAGCUCUUGAGGAUGUGUCGAUGGACGUAAGGGAAGGCUUACACAGGAUGUUAGCAGCUUGUACACUGUCCACCAAGGGCUGCCUACAGAUGUGUGUGGAGAGUUUGCUGGACAAUCUGAAGAAAUAUCCUCAGGACAAAAAAUCAACGUGGAAAUGUAUGCAGCGGAUGGGAUCAAGACAUCCAGAACUGACUCUCCCUCUAGUACCAGAACUUCUCAGUAUCCAUCCGUUCUUCGACACUGCAGAACCUGACGUUGAAGAACCAGCGUACAUUUGCAUCCUGAUCUUGGUGUUCAAUGCUGCCAAACACUGUCCCACAAUGUUGCAACUGUUUGAAGAGACGACAGUGAAGCACUACAGCUACUUGCGAGACACCAUGCCUCAACUCGUCCCUCCUCUCAAGCUGGGGUCGCUGCCUGCAGGGGAGCUAGAGACUCUCCCCUCCUCUACUCCUCAGUUUCUCACGACGUUGUUGUCCAGACUAGAGGGAGCUCCUAACUCCAGGGUACACAUGGAGUUACUGCUAGCGGCCGAGAGAGACCUCAACAGGUUGGCCACCAUUGAUCCUACAGUGUCAGGGGCCGCUCAGUUCACUGCUUUGUACAUCACCAGCCAGCUGUUGAUGAGCAAGGUGUUGGCCAAUAAGAUGUGGUGUUCCAAUGCUGCCAACACGUUGCAGGCUAAUUCUGUGCGGAACUCCAUAACACAGCUGAUGCAGCAUUGUUUCAAGCUGCAACAUCUGUUCACUGGUCUGAGGCCGGCAGACAGAGCAGUGGUCAAGCAGUUCAAGGUGAAGACUCUAGCCUUACAGCUGGUCCAUGUGGUAAAGGCCAGCAACCAUUCUGCCCUGGCCUUGUGUCAUCACUUCCUAACACAGGUGGAACAAACACAGCGUUUCCUGAGUGAGCAUGGUAUAGCGCCAGAUGCAUUCACGUUGCUGGUGUUCAAAAGCACGGCGGCACUAGAGGAGGCUAAGCCUGGCGCAGUGGCGAGGAUGUUGUUGCCUCUCUUGCAAACAUCGGCGCCGUCCAACCCUCCCAGGCCUCACACUGAUGUAAAGAUGUGCCAUGCAGUGAUGUCUAUGCCAUCAGCCAGCGCAGAUUCUGCACUAAAAUUCACCGCAGGACUGGUCAUGGGGAUUCCAUUGGACGCAGAAUUGUACAGCCUCCACAACACCAACACGCUCAGGCUCAAAGUCAAAUACCCGGACCAGCAGACACAGCUGAUUGUACCUCGUAAAUCAGAUUUGAGGUUGCUCAACCUGGAAACGAGUGAGAACAGCUCAGCGCUGGCCCAAGACUACCGACUGAUGACUACUGUCCUCAUCUGCCACCAGGUGUGGACGGAGGCGUUGUACGUAGACAUCUCACUCGCCAUGGAUCUCACUGAGCUAGAACCAGGCGUAUCUCACAACCAGGAACCUUGCUGCAUUGACCUGUGUAAACCUGUUAAGGUCUACGUGUCACCUAAACCUGUUCGACGGGGGAUUUAAUCCACAUUCGUUUAUAAGUGGGUCUCAUGGGUUUUCCUGUAUGAAUUUGUAUUUUAAGACUAAUCAAAGAGGCUAGUUAAAGAUUUAUUGUUUAAAUGGAUUUUGUUCAGAGAAAGUUGAUGAAUAAAUAUAAAUUAGUGUGCUUCCUCUGGUGUAGACAUAAGUAUGAAAAAGCUAAUUUUUCUCUGAUUACUGAUUAGGAAAAGGAAAUAAUUAUUUUUAGAUCCACGCCCAGGCCAAGGUGGAUGGGCAAACGGGAGGGUUAAAAUGGCAUCAAACUUAUUUUUGAAAAGAAAAGAAUUGAAUUAAAUUUUGCAUUAUUCAAUCAAAUUAUUAUUUCCUGUAUGUUCUGAAAGACAGUGUAUGGCUAUUUUUUUAAUAAAAAUUGUCUUGUCAAUUUAA